UUCUUGUCCAGUCUCUUCAGUCUUCAGCAAAGAAGCCUGUUGGGAAGGGCAGGUUGUGGGUGAGGUGAGAGAGCGAGAAGAAAGAAAGAAAGAAAGAAAGAAAGAAAGAAAGAAAGAAAGAAAGAAAGAAAGAAAGAAAGAAAGAUGGCUAGUGAAUUCAAGAAGAAAAUAUUUUGGAGAGCAGUGGUGGCUGAGUUUUUUGCCAUGAUCCUCUUCAUUUUCAUCAGCAUCGGCUCAGCCCUGGGCUGCAAAUACCCCAUAACUAACGGCACAGUCUCAGGGACCCCUCAAGACAACGUGAAAGUCUCGCUGGCUUUUGGGAUCGCGAUUGCCACCAUGGCCCAGAGUGUGGGACACAUCAGCGGUGCCCACCUGAACCCGGCGGUGACCUUGGGCCUUCUCCUGAGCUGCCAGAUCAGCAUCUUCCGGGCCAUCAUGUACAUUCUUGCCCAGUGUUUGGGGGCUGUGGUGGCCACAGCGAUUCUUUCGGGCGUCACCUCCUCAGUGCCGGACAAUACGCUUGGGCUCAAUGCGCUCGCAGCCGGAGUCAACUCAGGACAAGGCCUUGGCAUUGAAAUCAUUGGCACGUUGCAGCUGGUGCUCUGUGUCCUUGCCACGACAGACCGGAGGAGGAAUGAUGUCUCUGGAUCAGCACCAUUGGCCAUUGGCCUUUCUGUAGCCCUGGGACAUCUUCUUGCUAUUGACUACACCGGCUGCGGAAUUAACCCUGCCAGAUCUUUUGGUUCAGCGCUGAUUGCCAAUAACUUUACCAGUCACUGGGUCUUUUGGGUUGGCCCAUUGAUUGGAGGAGCCAGUGCUGCCCUCAUCUAUGACUUCAUCCUGGCUCCCAGGACCAGCGAUGUCACCGAUCGCAUGAAAGUCUGGACCAGUGGCCAGGUGGAAGAAUAUGACCUCGAUGCAGAUGACUCCAGAGUGGAGAUGAAGCCAAAAUAAAGGAGAAUCAAGAUGUAAAGAAAAGAAAAACCGAAUUUCUGAAGAUUUUUAUCAGUAUUAUAGACUCUUUGUAAAACAACAAGCAGUUCUUCCAAAUGUUUUUAUAAGUUGUUAGGGGUUUCCUUCUCUCUUUUUCUCUCAUUCUUUCCAGCCUUUUAGAUUUGUGGCUGCACAGUGAGGAAAAAUCAAUAUGGGGCAAAAAUGAUUAUAUUUUUUCGUGGGUGAGUGUAAGGAGAUCUGCAGCAAUGAUUCUGGAAGACCAAAUCGAUAUUUCUCUAUCUGAAGAGAUUGGCUUUUACCAAAAUGUAUCAGUAUAUGACAACAAAGUCCAUGUGAACAGCCAACGUGCAGCCAGAAAUGAACGUCGAGGAGAUUUUUGACUGCAGAGAUGUCACCAGAGUGAAAUUAUUUAUUUCAGGGUGAGGCCCAGAUUUUAGGUAUAUGCAAGUGCCGGUUCUGAAAGUAAGGCCUAGAACAGGGAUGGCCAACUUCUAUUUUCUUGGGGGCCGCACUGUUCUCUAGAAAGUGGUCCUGAGACUGGAAGUGUAUUUUGUCACAUAAAUAGACAUCUCCUCAUCUUGCAAACUGGUCAAGUGACAAUAAGUUGACACCUCCAGCUGUAAGAGCUUCACAGUUGUGGAGUCCAUAGCGUUACUUACAAAUGUGCAUAUUUUCAUAUUGCAUUCCACAUCCAAAGGAGAGGUAUAACAUGAAAGAGUGACUGUAUGUCUGUUUCUUCCUGGAAAUACUGUAUUGUUUCCCCCACUUUUUAAUGAAAGCAUUUUUUAAAUGAGACUUUGAUUAAAAUUUGGCAGAAUUACCAAGGGUCAGAUAAAAUUUGCAUGAGACCUGGAUCUGACCUCUGGGUUGCCUGUUGGCCACCUCUGCCUUAGAAAUAAACAUUUGGGGUUUAAACCACCCCCCCACCCCCCAGUAAUUCUUUUGCACAAGCCUAAUUGAACAAAUGAACACUACCCAAGAAUUCUGGUGCAACUCUCUUUCGUCUCCACGCAGGAAGAUUUUUUUGUGGAUUUUGCUGUCAAACAUUGUAGACUUAACUGCAUGGAACAAACCAAGUUUUAUUUUUGUCUGUCAAUAUACAUUCAUCAUCACAGUGUACCAUAACUUCUGUUGCAUGUAUAGAAAGCUGUCUAAUCCAAGAAAGGUGUACAUGUUAUAGGUUUAAGCACAUAUAAACUGUAUUUGUACAUAUCAAUGGUUUGCCCAUUACAUAAAGUGCCAUGAAGGGAAUUAUAUCAUGAAAAGUCAAAUCAAAGAGCUGGAAAAAAUAAAUCAACAAUUUCAAGUUCUGUCAGGAUUCAAACUUGACCAAAAAAAAUAAUUAUAUUUUCCCAUUUUAUUUUUUCCAGACUGACUAUAAAAUAUUACUUCUUGUAGAUGAAAUCUAAGGCAAACAGAUUACCAGCUUGCCAAAGCGACUGCUUUUAAACCUUGGUGCCACCCUCCCCCCCACCCAUGGAAGCCCAACACGCAAAAAUAUCCCUCAUUAGGAAUUCUGGGAAAAUUUAAAUUUUGCAAUCGAUUUAAAGUUAGGACACUGUGUCUCAAGCCCUGCUCCCAAGUCAUUUCAAUUCUAAGUAAAACCAAAGUAGUUAACUGUACCAAGGAGCAAGAACAUAAUGAUUCCAUGUUUGAGUUCAGGGUUCUCUCUCCAACCUCAUUCCUCACAACAAUCCUGUGAGGUUAGGUCAGGCUGUGGGCUAGCAACUGACCCAAGGUCACCAAGGAGCAUCAGGGAACUGAACCUUGUCCUCUCCUUCCCAAUCCGAGACUGUUCUACUCACCACACUGGCUCACUCAGUUCAGCCAAUGCUCAAAUCUUCACAACGAUCAGAAAACCCAAUAUAGGAAGAACAUUCCACACAUGUUCUACUCAGGGGUGGACCAAGAUACCUUGCUGUCUGACGCAAAGGACAAUAGGGUGCCCCCCCACCUAAUCUGUGGGAGGGUGCUCAGAAUCCUCAGGCCAUGCUGGCAAGCAAGCAGGAGAGGCCUGCAAGCACUGUAGACUAUGCCACCAAGCCAGUGGUGGCAGGGCAUUCCGUUGGUGGCAGGGGGACAGAGGGAUGGGCAAGAAGAGCUAUGCCCCAGUAGGCCAUGGAGGGGGAAAUGAACAGCAUUCCCCAGCAGGUUGACGAAGGGUGGAGGAACAGCAGAGCGGCUGUGGGGUAGCACCCAUGGUGGUGGGGGCCAGUGCUUGGUGCUUCCUGUGCCGUUCUUUGUGUCUGGGCCUCACUGACCACCUCACCCUGCUUCAUGGAAGGACUACCCUUGAAUCUACUGUGGGGAUAGAUUUAGAGUAGUCAUGUUUUCAUCCCAGUAUAAGAGUCACAGAGGAGAAAACCCACAUGAAGUUUCAGGGGCAGGCCAGUAUUCAGAAACUAUAGCAAUAAUUAGCACAAGAGAUAAACCAUGCCUCUGCUAGCUAUUCAGAAAUCCGUUUUGAGCCCUCUCAUCCCACCAUUUGAGGCACAAUCUCAGAGGCCCCAUUCACACUCGCUUGCAUGGGGGCCACUUCCCUGGAGCAUUUCCAUCGUGCGCCUUGCCUGUGGAAAUGAAACAACCACAUGGGUCUUUCCACCUCAAUUGUUGGUCAGGAUGGACAGGAACAAUCGGGCAGGAAAGACCUACAUGGUGAGAAGAUUUUGCUCAAUUACUUUCACAUCUGGACGAAAACUGCCUUUAAUAGGUAGAAACGCAUGUCCUUCCCUCCUCCGCACACUGGCCUGAUAGCUCUGCUUUUCUUAACCUCUUAAGCAUAACUAUGCAAAAACAAUUCCCUUCCCCUAUUUUUCUAGUUAAUACUGAGAAAUUCAGGGACAACAUACACAAUAUUCUAAAUGGGCACAAUAAUUAAAUGUCUGUUCCUAGAAACUUUCUUUUAUUAUUACAACUGGGGCUUGUUGCUUUGUUUGUGUAUUUAUAGAUCUUUGUAGCAACGAAUUAAAAUGAGAGUCAACACCCAAAGGUAGAAAACCUGGGAAAGUAAAUUUAACAUGUACUAUAGAUACUUUUGUCAUACUUAUUGUUGCCUGAGUUAACACACAUUGCUCUUGUUAGCAGGUGUUUCACUAGACUCUGCCCAAUUCACUUCAUAUUUUACAUGAGGAGAAAUUCUGUGACAACCAAGGAAUAAAUGUGCAUAAUUCCCUCAGAAAUGUCACUUGUCUUUGUGAAAUUCUUUUAGCUUCCCUCAAGUGUACUAAGGAUGAUCUGCCAGAUUUUCCUCAGAUUUCACUUGAGGUGAAAUUUGGUGUAGUUCUUUUAUAGACAGAACUUCCAUAUCACCCCUUCUUACAUUUAGUAAGAUAUAGAGCUGGGUUUCAUGAUCAGUGAGACCUGGUUUAGGGCGGUGAGCGGGGAGGGAGCCCUGGGCGGCCACACGGUUGCCGGCUCCGUGACGGAGCCGGCGGGGGCUGGGGGGAGUGGGCGCGCGCAGGGCAUGCUGGCGAGACCCCCAGAGCUGGGAGGCAGCUUUUCGCCUCCCUUCCAGGGGUCUCCUCAUGAGUAGCCAUGGUGUAGAGCCGCACUGCGGCUACUCAUGAUCAGAAAGCCCAGAUUUGCUGAGCGCUCGCUCUGCAAACCCGGGAUUUAAGGAGAGCUACCAAAGCGGGUGACCUGCUUGUAAGCCACUGGGCUCGCCUGCAAGCCCAGUGGUUUACACGAUCAACAAAAAUCAGGCUAGGAUCUCCUACUCCGAUUUUUGUUGAUCGUGAGAAUAGCCCCAUAGUGCUUCUUACAUUUUCAACUGCUCACUGCGACAUCAAGUGAUGUGGAAACGCAGAGUGGGAAGAACCUAAUAAUGUGCAGAAACCUCCCAAGAAAUUUUGCUUGUCUUAUAGAAAUUUGUCUGGCUUACCUCAGAUUCUUUCCCUUGGGAGAAGCCUUGAAUUUCACCUUGAAUUUCACUUAUCUGGCAUUUCCUAGGACAAUGCAGACCCCCCUGUGAAAUUUAGCUUGUUUUAGGGAAAUUCAUUUGGAACAUUUUCAGAUCUUUCACCUUGAGAGAAAACCUGAAAUUGAUGUUGAAUUUCACUUUUUUGACAUUUUGUCACCAUUCCUUGAACCUGCCCAUACUUUCUGGGUCAUUAAAAAAAGACCACAUAUUUCAUUUUACCUGACCCAUUGUGGAUAUGAUAGUUCAUGCAUUCUGAUGUCCAGGAAACAAAACAGAUCUGGGAGUCAAACAGGGUAGGAACAUUUCCAGGUAGUUCAAUAUGUGGACCAAGAAAAGAAACUAGGAGGGGGGAAUCACUAAGUAGAAAACCUUCUCCUUCCUUCUUGAAUACAUUUGACAUAGUAUCUUGUGUAUUGUGCAUGUAAAUAUUAUGACAUGAAUGGACUUGCAAUUGGCUUAAAAAUAAAAUUCAUUGUGCUCACA